CCCGAGAAACGAGUAGGGAAGUUGGGCCGCCAGGGGGCCCCCAAGUCUAUCAAUAAAAAUCAAUUUGAUGUAGAAAAAUUUAGCUAACCUUCAAUGCUCAAUGAAUUUGAUAUAUAUUAAUAUUUUGCUUAACUACUUGUACACAGAAGACAUAGAAUCGAUACAGAAUGUUGAAUUGGGUAAAGAAGCCGUAAUGCCAUGUGAUGCAUCAACUCAAGAUGAAGAUGACAGGGUCUCUAAAGUUUCGUGGUUUCGUGAUACAAACAAUAAAUUGCUUCAUGGCUUUGAUGCAGAAAAAAACCCAUCGGUUAUUGCAACCGAAUGGUCUUCACCGACAGCUUCAAAACAAAAGGCGAGUUUCGAGUCAACAACUCAACCAGCUAAUCUAACAAUUUAUGAUAUUACAAAAGAAGAUGAGGGUGUUUAUACAUGUCAAGUGGAUUUUCAGAAAUCGCCCAUGAAAAAUUCAAAAUCUCGUCUCAUUAUAAGAAUGAAACCAUCAUUUAUAAAUAUUACAACGAAACGAGAAUAUUUAUCAGCGGGAAAAUCUGUCGAUGUAGAAUGCCAAUCUAAAGGAUCAUACCCGUCAGCUGAAAUAACAUGGUGGUUUGGCAGUAAAAAAUUGCCGAGUAAUGAAACCAGAAUCACAGCACAAGGCGAAGUAAGCGUAAUAUCCUUCAAACCUAACGUAACGGACGACCAAAGGUAUUUGACUUGUCGAGCACAAAAUCCACACAUCCAGGAUAUUGCGAAUAGUGCGAUAGAAGAUAAAUGGCGUCUCAAUGUGCAAUACAAUCCAAUUCCAAGAUUGCAAAUGGCUAACUUUAUAAAUCCAGAUAAUAUCAAAGAAGGGGAUGAUGUUUACUUUGAAUGUUACAUGCGAGCAAAUCCUCGAAUAACCAAAUUCACCUGGUUCCAUAAUGGUUUAGAAAUCCCACAAAGUAUCGCGAAGAACAUCAUAAAAACAGAUCACAACCUAAUUUUGCAAAGAAUUCAGAAAACUGCUACUGGUAAAUUCACUUGUUAUGCUGAGAAUGCGGUAGGAAGUGGAGAAAGCGACCCGGUCAAUUUGGAAGUGAAAUAUACACCGAUAUGUAGAAAAAAUGAGACCGAAAUACACCGUGCUCGUAAACAGGAAACUGUUUUACUUAAGUGCGAAGUUGAUGCCAAUCCUCCUCCAACAGAAUUUAUAUGGUCAUUGAAUACGAGUAGUUCCAAUGAUAUGAAAUCAGACCAGGAACCAAAUCUUAUCACAACGCAGCCGAAUCCGUUUUUCAACUACACGCCAAAAUCAGAUUCAGAAUUUGGUACAUUAUCUUGCAAAGCCAGAAAUACUGUUGGAGUGCAAAUAACAGCGUGUUCUUUUCAGAUAGUCGCUGCAGACUAAAUCAUCAAAAAAAAAGUGAAAGGAAAUGGAAUUCACGCCACCGAAACAGUGUCAAUAGAACAUACAAGAACUUAGAACCUAUAAAAAUAUAAACAUACUUUUACAUAAUUUUAUGGAUUUCAGUUUAUA